CUAGAGGUGGACCCCAGAGAGGUGCCCGGCACUAGUAAAGGGAGGUGGGAGGAGGGAGUCGUGACUAAGCCCCGCUCCCCAGGUAGGGUGGAAGCCUCGGAGCUGGCAGCCGCACUUUAUUCCCUGGUGGGGGUGGCCGAGAGGCCACGGCUGAAGCUGGGGGUGUUCUCCGGAGCCAAGCCUACUCCGGAUGGGGAGGUGGACUAUGAGACCUGGAUCGAGCAUACGUCUUUGAUGUUAGAGGAGUGGCCAGGUUCAGAGGAGGAGAAGAGGCAGCGAUUGCUGGGAAGUUUGAGGGGUUUAGCAGCCACAACCAUCCGGGAGUUGAAAGCUGAGAAGCCUGGGGCCUCAGUGGAAGACUGCCUAGAAGUUUUGGAGGGAGCGUUUGGGUUGUCAGGGGAACCCUGGCUGCUUUUAGCAGAGUUUCAACGCCUGGAACAAUGGAGAGGGGAAAAGCUCUCCGAGUAUAUAUUUAGGAUGGAGGGGAUGCUCUCGGGGCUGCGGCGCCGAGGGGUAGUGAAGGCGACUGACGUGGCUAGCGUGAGGAUGAGUCAGCUAUUCAGUGGCUCUCUGGAGGAGGACAAGGUGGCGUGGACUAUCCGGCAGGCUUAUAGGAAAGGUCCCCCUCCAUCCUUCGGGCCACUGAUUAGAGAGGUGCGAGAGGAAGAGAGAGCAUUGGGGCGGAAAAGGGGCACGGGCCUACGGGAGCGAUCCUCAGCGAUACAGGAAGUGGUGGCUGAGUGGAGGAAUGACAAACCCCCGGGGAGUAGGGAACCCCCUUUGGAGGGGAGGGACAGGGGAGGUACCUACUCUCAGGGGCGAUCAGUGCAGUGGAUUGGGAGCAGGAGCCGUCCUGGGAGAGGAGGGGCAGCCGGCAGUGUGUGCUAUAGCUGUGGAGAGGAGGGUCACUUUAGGUGGGAUUGUGAGAGACAAGGAGUCCCGCGGAGGACAAGCCCCCCUGCGACUAAGAAGGGAGAGGUGUCGGGGAAACUUAGGAGAGGCUCAGUGAGGGAAUGGACUGGAGCCUCUGGAGGAACACGUUCCCAGAGAUCAGCCGGAAGACCACCGGGUGCCCACGCCUCUGUUCCGGAUGGGCUGGUAGGACCCCGUGCCAGUGUGGGUCUACGGAUAGAGGGAGUUUACGCAAAAGCCGUUCUUGAUACUGGAUCGCAGGUGACCUUAUUGUACCGGUCUUUCUACAAUCAACAUCUAAAGCAUUUGCCCGUAACACCAUUUGACGCCCUGCAGAUUUGGGGUGUGAGCGAGGGUGACUACCCGUACGAUGGGUACCUAUCGGUGAGAUUGGAGUUCUCGGAGGGCGAUGUGGGAGUGUCGGAAGCUAUUGAGACGUUGGUGUUGGUGUGUCCUGACCCGGUGGAAACCGGUGGUGCUGCCCUCCUGGUGGGGACUAACUCCCCAGUUGUGCGACGGCUCCUGGGAGCUUGUAAGGAGAAAGGGGGGGAAGACUUUCUGGAGACCCUCUCGGUGCAUCCAGUGUUUCGAGCAGUGUUCGAAGAAGGGGUUGCCUCCCAAGGGCUGGACCCGGAGUGUAAACGAGGGACGGUGUGGUGUACGCAGGCGAGGCCCAAGGUGAUCCAACCAGGGGAGGUAGCACUAGUGAUGGGGACCCCCAGAUUCCCAGGAGUGCCGACAGGAGAAGCCCUGUUAGUAGAUGCCCCAGACGAUCUUGAAGGGGAGACACGAUUUCCGGCGGGGGCGCUGGUGAGGCCCGAAGUGCAGAGACCAGGGGUGGUACAUGCGAGGCGUAUAGCUAUAAGUGUCAGGAACACCACGGCAAGAGAAAUCACCUUUAAGAGGGGAAUGCCGCUGGCACAUCUGUUCCCGGUGACGGUAAUGUCCAGCGCACCAGUGCGGACCCCUAACGGGGAGGGAUCGGAGCAUCGAAGGGAGCUGACCGCUGAAGCCUUUAACUUCGGGGAUUCCCCAGUGUCGCCGGAGUGGAAACGCAGGCUAGUGGAGAAGAUGCUGAAGAUGGAAGCUGUUUUUUCUCGGGGCGAGUUUGAUGUUGGCUGCUCCAAAAGCACUCGCCACACCAUCCGGGUGACGGAGGACACCCCGUUCCGAGAGAGAUCCCGGCGGCUGGCUCCGGCAGAUGUUGAGGACGUGCGACAGCACUUGUGCAAGUUGAAGGAGGCCGGAUUCAUAGCUGAGUCUCGAAGUCCUUAUGCGUCCCCAAUAGUGGUGGCACGGAAGAAGAAUGGGCGAGUGCGCAUGUGUGUUGACUACAGGACGUUGAAUCGGCGAACUGUCCCUGAUCAAUAUACUGUCCCAAGAGUCGAGGAUGCGUUGGCCUGCCUGAGCGGUGCAAAGUGGUUCAGUGUGCUGGAUUUAAGAAGUGGGUAUUACCAGAUCCCGAUGAGUGCGGCCGAUAAAGAGAAGACCGCUUUUAUCUGCCCACUGGGGUUCUUUCAGUUCGAACGAAUGCCCCAAGGCAUAUCCGGAGCCCCAGCCACCUUCCAGAGGCUCAUGGAGAGAACUGUGGGGGAUAUGAAUCUGUUGGAGGUGCUGGUGUACCUGGACGAUUUGAUAGUGUUUGGAUCGACUUUGGAGGAACAUGAGGAGAGACUGUUGAAGGUGUUGGGCCGGCUUAAUGAAGAAGGGUUGAAGCUUUCCCUGGACAAAUGCCAGUUCUGCAAGUCGUCGGUUAACUACAUUGGCCAUAUCAUUUCGCGAGAGGGAGUGGCUACUGAUCCAACCAAGAUAGAGGCUGUGACCACCUGGCCGAGACCCCAGAAAGUGGGUGCUCUGCGCUCAUUUUUGGGGUUCUGUGGGUAUUACCGGCGAUUUGUGAAAGGAUACGCCAAAGUGUGUCACCCGUUAACUCAGCUGUUGUGUGGCUAUCCCCCGGUGGGGAAGAAGAGGACGGGGAACCAGAGGCAGGAUGCUGGAGGAUACUGGAACCCGGCGGAACCUUUUGGCUCGAGAUGGGAUGAUCAAUGUGAAGAGGCGUUCCGAUCUUUGAAAAGGGCACUGACCCAGGCCCCGGUGUUGGCUUUUGCCGAUCCCCAGAAGCCAUAUGUGCUGCACACGGAUGCCAGCCGAGAGGGUCUCGGGGCUGUUCUGUACCAGGAGCAUGGCAAAGCAUUGAGGCCGGUAGCCUUUGUCAGCCGAAGCUUGUCGCCAUCGGAGAGAAACUAUCCCACUCACAAGUUGGAGUUCCUGGCGCUGAAGUGGGCGGUGGUGGACAAGCUGGGCGAUUACCUUUACGGAGCCAAGUUUGAGGUGAGAACGGAUAACAAUCCUCUCACUUAUAUUUUGACUUCGGCGAAGCUGGAUGCCACAGGACAUCGGUGGCUGGCGGCAUUGUCGGUAUAUGAUUUCAGCCUGAGGUACCGCCCCGGAAGCAAGAAUAUCGAUGCGGAUGCAUUGUCUCGUCGGGAGCCGGGGGAGGAGGAGAAGGACGAGGAGUGGGAGAGUGUCCCUGCCCCUGGAGUGAAGGCGAUGUGUCAGUUUGUUAUCACCGUGAAGGCCGAGGGAAGAGGGAGGCUGGAACGAGCCGUGGACCAUUUGGGGGUUUUUGACGACGCCAUACCCCUAGUUUACUGUGACCUGACCGCUCUGGGGACUAAACAGUUGCCGGAACUGAGUCCGGGGGAAGUGGCAACUGCUCAGCAAAAUGACCCGGGCAUUGGCACAGUGUGGAGAGCGGUCGAGAAGGGGGAUGGGGCGUUGGCUGAGAAGGCGAAACACCCAUAUGUGCCUCUGUUGUUGAAGGAGUGGUCUCGGUUGAAGUUAAAGAACAAAAUCUUGUACCGGGUAACAACGCCUCCGGACCAACCCCGCUGUUGGCAACUGGUCCUGCCAGAGGAGUAUCACCAGACUGUACUCCAGGCCUUACAUGAUGAUUCUGGACAUUUGGGGGUGGAAAAGACAUAUGGAUUACUCAAAGACCGGUUCUACUGGCCCCGGAUGAGGGGGGACGUCGAAGAAUACUGUAGGGGAUGCCGUCGUUGCAUCCAGAGGAAGACCCUGCCAGCGUUGGCGGCUCCACUGUCGCACUUGCAGAGUGCGGGACCUCUGGACCUGAUAUGUAUGGAUUUCCUGUCGAUUGAGCCUGACACCAGCAACACCGCGAAUGUAUUAGUCAUCACCGAUCAUUACACUCGCUAUGCUCAGGCAUUUCCCACCAAGGAUCAGAAGGCGACGACAGUGGCGAAGGUGCUAUGGGAGAAGUACUUUGUGCAUUACGGCCUUCCCAGGCGAAUCCAUAGUGAUCAGGGGAGGGACUUUGAGAGCCGCCUUAUCCAGGAAUUACUGACUAUGCUUGGGGUUGAGAAAUCCAGGACUACCCCUUACCACCCACAGGGAGAUCCUCAGCCAGAGAGAUUCAACAGGACCCUGUUGGAUAUGCUUGGGACGCUGGAGAUUGGGCAGAAAAGCAGGUGGAGUCGUCAUAUUGGACAAUUGGUUCACUGUUACAAUUGUACUCGCAAUGAGGCUACAGGGUAUUCACCCUAUUAUCUGAUGUUUGGGCGGGAAGCGAGGUUGCCCAUUGACGUGUGUUUUGGAGGUGGAGUGGGUGAAUUUCCCGGGAAGUCCCAUCUAAAGUACGUGUCCGACAUGAAGAGGGAGUUACAGCGGGCGUACGAGUUGGCCGAGGACAAAGAAGAAAACUUCUACUUUGAGACAGUACAAGCUGGUCCGGCCACCAUGAAGCAGCCUUGGACUCAAGUGCACCUUACCUCCGGCGAUACAGAACAGGAAUCGGUGGCAUCCUCAACAGUCUCCAAGAAGGAACAACAGGAACUGCACGUGCGCGCAGAAAAGGGCAUGCGCAAACAUGAGCAAUUUGAAUUACAAAUCCCAGCUACGAUUGGAAGCGGAAGUGAAAAUGAACCCGAAGAGGAUUCAGAUUCUCUGGAACAUACAGAUGAAAAUGAGGAGGAAAAACAGGAAGAGCUGGAGACCAUACAAGGGGAAGGACCGAUCAAACCAGGAGACCAGGUUUACAUGCGGGUUUUUCGGAGAAAGUGGAACGAGCCAAGAAGGGAAGGACCCUUUACGGUGACCAAGGCACCACCCACCGCAGUUCAGGUAGAAGGCCGCUCCACCUGGUACCAUCUGAACCAUUGCACGAGGGCAGUCCUACAAGGGCAAUCAGGUGAAGUGUCCGAGAAGGCCAUUGACAACGUGCCAGAAAUGAGGCUGCUAACAAGGUCCGUCACCUCGUCGGGCUUCUAUGAUCCAACACCAGAUGUGCUUUGA